GCUGGAGCGGUAUCUAUUUAUCUACUUGCACUUUGACGUGCUUUCGAACUGUUAGGUUGGCAGGAGCAGGGACCGAGCAACAGGAGCUCACCCGUCACGGGGAUUCAAACCGUCGACCUUCUGAUUGGCACGUCCAAGGCUCUGUGGUUUAGACCACAGCACCACCCGAGUUCCCAAUUUGUGGUACAACAGCUAAAAGAAAGACCUUCUCUUCCUAAAUGAAGUCUUUCUGGGGGCUUGCAAUGUUUCCUGAACUUGCAUCAGCUAAAACUUAUAGAAUUCAAAAAGAAAGAAUAAACUUCUACUUGCUAGCUCCCCUAUAAGCCACUCAGAGAGUGCUAUAGAACAGGCUCUACAGGUUGUUUUGCAAUCUAGGAAAGGGUUAGAUGUGUCCCCACAUCCUUGUUGGAAGACUUGCCACAUCAUUGUUAGAUCAUUUAAAAGCCCUCAGCGAAGUGAGCUCCAGUCAUUAACCACAGAGAAGUCCUGCCAGCUUCUUGGAAUAGUCCGGGCACUGUCAGCGCAAAUAAAAAUACGUUUCUUUCUGGAAAACAAGUGAGAAGGAAGAGGUCCUGGCAGCUAUGUCUUUUUCUCUGGUCUCUUGGCUGAGCUUCCGGAACUUUCCAAUGAGAAGUGGUGUUCAGCCGACGCUGAAAGGAUUCUAUUGUAUCCUGUGGCUAAUGCUGUGCUUUCUGGCUGAGCAGAAAGGUGGUGGAAAAGUCCUGGCUUCACUACCAAGGGGAUGCUACCGAGUUGCAGCUAAAGUGACCUUUAACCCGGACACUGCCCACCCAGCACUUGUUGUGUCUACAGACCGGAAGACUGUGACAUCGGAAGGUGUGGAGCACCCCGUGCCUCCCAACCCCAAGAGGUUCACUAAAAGCCCUGCCGUGUUGGGCUCUCCAGGGUUUAAAUCAGGGAAACAUUGCUGGGAAGUGGUGUACGGAAACCAGAGGGAAUGGGCGGUCGGGGUAGCGCGGGAGUCUGUGAAAAGGGAUGUCUACCUCUCCCUUACCCCAGAGGAGGGGAUUGUGCAGGAAGGUCUCUGGUGGCUUCGGCGUCGGCAAAGCGACCCCCAACCACCUCCCCAAGGCUCUGGAACCAUUGGGGUUCUUCUGGAUUGCGAUCAAGACACCGUGACUUUUUACAUGGCUGGUAAAGUCAUUAAGAAAGAUGUUCCCCGCAACGGAGAGGUAGUUUAUCCUUUCUUCUAUGUGGGUGGAGAUGUUUCACUCCGCCUGAACGACUUAAAAGAGUGAGCGGAGAAUUCCCUGCCAGCGCCACGCCAUGCAUUUUUAAGGAUUUAAGAGUCUCUGGUUUCAUGUGGUAAAGACGCAGGAACAACAAUACACAUGUGGUGGGGUUGUGAGGAGAUUAGGAAAUUUUGGAGAUUAAUACAUGAGGAAUUAAAGAAAACAUUGAAAAUCCCAAUUGUUAAAAAACCAGAGCCAUAUCUCCUAGGUCUGAUAGGGAAAGAUAUACCGCAAGUGAAAAAAGAAUUUUCCUAUAUGCAACUACAGCAGCUAGGGUAGUGAAUGCUUCUAAAUGGAAAUCUCAAAUCUUGCUCUCAAAAGGGAUUUGCAAAUUAAAUGAAUAUUUAGAACUGACAAAGCUAACAUCAAUUAUAAGAUAUCAGUCAAAUCAAAAAUUUAAAAAGGAAUGGAAAUGUUUCGAAGAUUACAUGUUAAAAUAUUGUUCUAAGAAAGAUGUGCUGAUAUGCCUAGAAUAAAAAAUGUAAAGUAUAUGUAUGAAUCAGAAAAGAAAAGAGAUAAAAGAUGUACAAAGAAUGAUAUAUUUGGAAAAUGCAAAGAUAAAUGUGGAGAUAGAGAUUUAAAGAAGUCGAAUUGCGGCAGAGGGAAGCUGCGGGUGGGUGGGGGAAGUACUAGGUAAUAAGUAUGUAAUGUUUGUUUUCAAGGGUUUUGGAAUUGUAUCUUUUCCAUUUUCUUCUUCUUCUAAUUCCUCAACCCCAACCUUUCAGAUUCAAAUGUUGUAGAGUUGAAGGUGGCCUGAGAAACAGGCAUCGUUUUUGGUACCCUGUUCACCAGGAACGGGGAAUUUUCUUGGCGCAGUGGGCCACAUCCUGAUCUUCCACCACCACCAUCACUGCUGACCAACUUUGACAGGUGAAUGGAGCCACCCACCUAUCAAUCAUCUGACAUCAUGAUGCCAGCAGGUGACUGAUAGGUGGGCGGUCCCACCCACCUGUCAAAAGUCGCCUUGCAUCCUUUGGAGGGAGGCUUCUGUUUUGCUAGUGUAUUCCCCUCAGGAAAUGUGCUGGCGAAGAAACACCUGGCAGGAUUCAACGUUUUGCUCAUCAGCAGCUGAGAGGAGAGUUCAGUCCUGCUCCCUUGCAGGGGCCUGAGUAGGAUUUAACCUCCACUCAUCAGCCAAUGAGUGGAGGAUUAAAGUCUUCUGCGUUCCCUGUGUGUAUCAGUUCCCUAUAGGGAGCUGGCGGGCGCAGCCAAUGCAGGACUGAGUCCGAUCCAUCAGCUGACAUCACACAAUGAUAUUAGCUGAUUGACAGGUAGGUGUGGUUUUAGAGAAAGAGCCUCACAGGCCACAUUGGACCCUUCAGCAGGCCAAGACCAGAUAUUCCUCACCACUGCCAUAAGUCAUCUCUCAUAAACAGGUUUGCAGAGGGUUUCUUUGUGUAUUGCUUCAGAUACCUGCCAAAACUGUUUAACCCCUGAGACCAAAAGGACCAUGCCUCUCUCUCAUUCCACCUUCAGCUCUUAAAACUGCUGUCCAUUUCCAAACUAGAGUAAUCAUUAUGCAAAGUAAGGCCAUGUUUCUGGACAAUCAGUUACAGAAGAAGAAUUUCCUGCAUGGUUCAGCUUUCAUUAAUAUGGAAAUUUAAGAGGGAAAUUUCACUAGGUUCAUGUGGAAGUGAAAGAAACCUGAACAUGCUCUAUUCCAGAUAAGGAGGUGACUUAUAGUAAUGACCAAGCCGGACUGUACAUUAAGUGUAUGUCUGCAUUUUAUAUCCUGUUUGCUGUUUAUUAAUUAGCAACCAUGGCAGGGGGGAAUUGAAUUGUGAUAGGGACUGGACCAAAGGGCAGUUUCGCCCUUUCUCUCUAGCUACUCUCCAGAUGAAUAUCAUAAAACACACACAGCCAGCUACUAUAAACUCUCAGAGUGAUGCCAAAUAAUCAGAUUGGGGUGCAAAAUAUAUGCUCUACCAGUGAGCCAUACAGCUUGUUAGAAAUGCUAAGGGUGAAGCAGUAUAUAAAUGGCUUAAUAAAUAAA